GGCUCCUGGCUUUGAGCUGGGAACUGUGGGAGGAGGACUCAGGCCUCACUAGAAACACUCUUUAGUGUCGGGACCCCAGGAACCCGUCCUCCAUCUGGCAAGGGACAUUGAGUUGUGGCCUUCCUCCAGGUGCUCCCCAGCAAGAGGAGCACCCCCCCCCCCCGACCUAUAGGCCUAGCCUUCGACCCUGGGGACACCCGGCCCAGCCUGCCCCAGGGCUGACAAGUCAGGGGCAGCAAAUUUUUAACUAACACAUUGAUCAUUAACAGGGGUCGGAAGGGGUCCAAACUCAGCCUCCCGUCGGGACAGAGACGAGCUGGGCCUCAGGCUUCCUGCGGAGAUGCUGGGCCCCCGGGUCUGGUCCUCUGUGAGGCAGGGGUUGAGCAGGGGCUUGUCUAGAAAUGUGGGGGGCCGGGCCUCAGGGGAGGGGAGGAAGGUGGACAUCGCGGGCAUCUAUCCCCCUCUGACCACCCCCUUCACUGCCACCUCGGAGGUGGACUACGGGAAACUGGAGGAGAAUCUGCAGAAACUGGGCACCUUCCCCUUCAAAGGCUUUGUGAUCCAGGGCUCCAAUGGCGAAUUCCCCUUCCUGACCAGCAGUGAGCGCCUGGAGGUGGUGAGCCGCGUGCGCCAGGCCAUGCCCAAGGACAAGCUCCUGGUAGCUGGCUCUGGCUGCGAGUCUACUCAGGCCACGGUGGAGAUGACCGUGAGCAUGGCCCAGGUCGGGGCUGACGUCGCCAUGGUGUUGACUCCUUGCUACUAUCGUGGCCGCAUGAGCAGCGCUGCCCUCAUUCACCACUACACCAAGGUCGCUGACCUCUCUCCAAUUCCUGUGGUGCUGUACAAUGUCCCAGCCAACACGGGGCUAGACCUGCCUGUGGACACGGUGGUCACGCUCUCCCAGCACCCGAAUAUCAUUGGCAUCAAGGACAGCGGUGGUGAUGUGACCAGAAUCGGGCUGAUGAUUCACAAGACCAGGAGGCAGGAUUUCCAGGUGUUGGCCGGAUCGGCCGGCUUCCUGCUGGCCAGCUAUGCCGUGGGAGCUGUGGGGGGCGUGUGUGCCCUGGCCAAUGUCCUGGGGGCUCAGGUGUGCCAGCUGGAGCGACUCUGCCUCACAGGGCAAUGGGAAGAUGCCCAGAAGCUACAGCUCCGCCUCAUUGAGCCCAACACUGCGGUGACCCGGCGCUUCGGGAUCCCGGGGCUGAAGAAAGCCAUGGACUGGCUUGGCUACUACGGAGGCCCCUGCCGGGCCCCCUUGCAGGAGCUGAGCCCUGAGGAGGAGGAGGAGCUGCGCCUGCAUUUCACCAACAAUGGCUGGCUCUGAGGGCAAAGCGGACAGGCGGGAGCCCAUCUCAGCUCCUGACUUGUACUCGCAGCCCGAAGAGAAACACGGGGACAAGGGGGUUCGUGGCUCCUUUUCCGACUUCAGUCCGUCAGGUGCCUCUUACCAGGUGCUAUGCAAGCCCAUUUCCUAGUCUUACAGCCCCACGGCUUCUUGAAUUUGUAUCCUAAACGCUGGGUCUCUGGAGACCUCCAGUCUGGACAGGAGCACUUGCUUACUUGGUUCUCUACCGUGGUUCCUAUGCCCCCAAGACACGGGAGCCGGGCCAGAGGGGAGGCGCAGGGAGCUGGGCACAGGAGGGCUCUGUGUCUGAAGGAAGGACUCCUUAGACUUGGAGACACGAGCCUGAUUCCAGCACAUGCAGGGAGCCAGGGCCACUCUAAGAACCCAAGUUCUGACUCUUUCCUAGGGAUCUGAUCAGAAAAAUCUCACUUGUCUUUGAAAG